ACAAAGACAGGAAGGAAGAGGGACAGCAGGCGAAGUUAACGUUAGCUUCAAGAGAAGUAACUACAUUCGUAAUAAUACAUAAAUUAGUCAGGUCUUGUUUUGUAGUUGACGACGUGACGUGGAUCCCGUUUUCAAAGCGACGUAACGUCACCGGAUGAAGAGCCUUCCGCAUCUUGAAUGAGCAGGUUUUCAUCAAGCGAACGCUAAAGCUAAGCUAAAGCUAGCUAGCCAUGUUGGCUAACUAACUAACAUCUUUCCUAUGUCAACAAAGACUCAACUUUAACAUUAUUAUUAUUCGGAGAGAUACAUUGACGCACUGUGAAUUGUAUUUGGUCAAAUAUAAUAUGUGUGGAAGGAUGUUUCAAAAUUACAUUAACCUGACGUCACACAUCAACAAACAUAGUUCACUGUAAUGACGUCACCGUUGGCCGCCGGUUUGCUCCCGUAACUCACGAGAGACCACUCUGCGUCACUCCUCAUGGCUGCUUUGGGCUUCACUCCCGCCAGCGGGCAGGAUCUGUUCAGCAUCGAGGAAACCGAGCCGUCCAGCUCCAAAACGGGCAUCGCACUCAAUGGCGAGGAGGUCAGGCAGUUCUAUGAAGACUUAAUGAAAGAGAGUCAGGGGCGAGAUGCGUCGAGAAGAAGUGCAAUGGGAGAGCAUCGGAGUAAACGGAGGAGCGGGGAGUCCAGUCGGAGGGCGAGGAGGAGAGCCGGGGCUCAGAGUGCCGGUCCGAGUGGGAUCGGCGGUCAACGUGACGCGGGGAGACCGGCCGUCAUGUCCGAGAGCACCAUGGAGCUGCUGGGGCUCCGGCUGCUGCGCUGCGCCCACGAAGGAGACUCCUCCGGCCUCAAAGACCUCCUCUCGAAAGGGGUGGACAUCAACGUCCAGGAUACUUACUUCUGGACGGCGGUGAUGUGCGCCAGCUGGUCGGGGCAGAGCGCUGCGGUGAGGCUGCUGCUGCGACACGGAGCAGCCUGGGUGGGAGUGGUCGACACACGGGGCCGGGAUGCCAAAGACCUGGCGCUGGAAGCGGGACACAAUGAGGUUUUGGAGGAGUUGGAGAGCUAUGGGAGAAGUCCACACAGAGACACACCAUCUGAUUGCAGCGCCGCCCCGGCUCAGUGGUGCGCUGUGUGUCGCAGCGAGUACAGCGACGGCCUGUCGUCGCACGAGUCCUCCACCCUCCAUCAGUUCAGCCUGCGGCGGGCUCCGCCCACCCCCUAUUACUGCCUCCCCCCCUCCAGCAACAGCUACAAGAUGAUGGUUCGCUGUGGCUGGAAACCGGGUUCAGGGCUGGGGCCGGAGGGGGAGGGGCCUCAGCAGCCAGUGCCCACCGUGCUGAAGAGAGACCAGACGGGCCUGGGCUUCGGACACACGAAGAGAGCCAAAGUGACUCACUUCCAACCCCGGGAUUGUGAUGCAGUGAAACUACCAUCUAACGGGAAAGGGGAGAGAGGAGGAAAAGGACAGAGGAAAGAAGACAGGAGGAGGAAGGAGCUAUAUGAAAAGAACUGGGAAAGAGAUUUCCGUGCCUCAUUUAAUCUUUGACGCCGGCUCAGAGUGUCGACUCCUCCUCAAGCCACUCGCUCAACACACCUGAAACGCUUCUCUAAAAACAUUAAACGUCUCCAUCACACAGA